AUGAGGUAUUUACAGAUUCCUGCGGGCAAUUGUCAGGCCAUCGGAGAGUGUGGCCGACGCUGCGAUCGUCUUGCAAAUGCCAAUCCGCCUUUUCACUUCUGCGACUGGCAUGCGAAUGGUACCGACACACUUCCCUGCUAUCUCCUGGGCCUUCCCGCGGAGCUUCGAGAUAUGAUUUGGCGACACGUUUUACCGGAGACCAUAUCUGGCAAGCUUACCUGCCAAUCAUACCGGAGAGGAAUGGAGGGAAAGAAAGCAAAUAAAUUCUCGCUCUUGUUCGUGAACCUACAGAUCAGCAAAGAAGUUUUAGCAGUUGCGUACGAGCAAGUUCCUUUCGAAGUGGACGUCGACGAAUAUCGAACAAUCUUUUGCGGCAAUCAUUUGGAGUCACCUUCUCCCUGGCAAAGGGCAAGAUCAGUUGAAGGUUCCAUUUUCGACCUGGCUGUCACAGGCCGGCUACUACCAGUGCUCAAGCGUGUUCGCAACUUCAGGAUCACAGUCACUUUAGGUAGUCACCAAGAAACUCCCCGUGGAUGUUCAAUUUAUCGUAACCGACAAUCUAUCACAGUAGAAGAUUACCACGUCUUCCAUACUCGCGAGAGGUUGAGGAAGUUCAUCGAUCUUAUCAGGCCGGGAGAUAGCGCGCCCAGGCACGCGGAUAGCGGCAACUUUAAACUUCGAGGCCUCGAUCUACUGCUACAGUUCGGGGAGCAAUACAAUUGGGGAUUUCACGAGGUACUGAGUAUGGUGAUCAUGGCGGCAGAGCCCUUCAAGGCUCUAGGCAAUGUUCAAAAGCCGGCUCUUCAUGAUAUUGUAUCUUUGCCAUCCAACCCCGCCCGACCCGAUUCUGAUGCGGAUGCCUUCAAAACCGAAUACCAAGCCUACAAAUUGGAAUGGCAGAAAUCAAUGAUGCAAAUAUCCGGAGAAGCCCCUGCGAGCUCCUUGGGGUUUUCACAAAGCAAAAUAGACAAGAUAAGGAAGGAAUUGCGAAAAGUCGAACAGUUCAUCUCGCUCCUACUGAAGCAGAAUUUCACCGGGACCUACGGGCACGAUAUGUGGGAUGAUCUCGGUGACCAGCCAUUUAGCAACAUUGCCCGAGUCCUUCAUCUAGCUCGGGUGGCCAGUGAACAACUUGAUGUGGACAGACUUGCCAAAAUUCGAGAGGUUCUGUUACAACGCUGGAUCGACUACCAGGGGAAGCAAGAACAGAAAUCCAAUGCCUUGUCCGAGUCCUUGUUGGACAUGUUCCAGGGCAACAAGAAACCCAAGGCGUUUCGUGAGCAGCGAGAGAAGUUGACUGCUACGAAAUGGGAGCCCCGAGACAUAGACUUCGACUGGGAAUGGCCGGAGCUUGAUGCCGGUCGUUUCGUUGGAAACAGGAUUUCACCCGAAAUCCCACCGGAUGUGACGGUCACGGAAGAUAGGCAGUAUCGUCACUUCUCCAGGGAUGGGAGACAAUGGGCAGUCCUCAAGACUCCACUAUUUGUAAGAAACAAACCUACUCGAACCAAGCCACUCGAUUAA